AUGGCAACGCUCUACCCUUCCCUGGAGGACAUGAAGGGUCACCAGAUCCUGCAGGCUCAGGCAGCAGCUGGUGUCAGGACCCCUCCCACCACUGUGGCCAGUGAGAAGCCAAAGCUCAGCUCUGGCACCACACCCCCUGUGCUGUACCCCAACCUGGCCGAGCUGGAGAGCUACAUGGGGCUGGCUCUGUCCAGCGAGGAGAUCCAGAAGAACCUGGAGGGCUCCAAGGCGCUGAGCCCUGCUGGGCACCCCCCAGGGCAGGUGGUUGCCCCCCUGAGUGGGCACAACGCGGGGCUACGGCGGGCAGAGAUCAAGGCAGGGGUGAGGGAGAUUCACCUCUGCAAGGACGAGAGGGGCAAGACCGGGCUGCAGCUCAAGAACGUCGACCAGGGCAUCUUCGUGCAGCUGGUGAAGGCCAACUCUCCGGCGGCGCUGGUAGGGCUGCGCUUUGGCGACCAGGUCCUGCAGAUCGAUGGCAGGAACUGUGCAGGCUGGAGCAGUGCCAAGGCCCAGCGGGCACUGAAGAAGGCAUCCCCUGAGAAGAUCGUCAUGGUGGUGCGGGACCGCCCUUUCCAGCGCACUGUCACCGUGCACAAGGACAGCAGCGGGCACGUUGGCAUCGUGGUGAAGAAGGGCAGGAUCGUGUCGCUGGCCAGGGACAGCUCUGCUGCCCGCAAUGGGCUCCUCACACACCACCACCUCUGCGAGCUCAACGGCCAGAACGUCAUCGGCAUGAAGAGUGCAUAA